GAAGAGGAGGGCGGCUACUUGCACACAAACACUAUAAUAAAAUGAAUUGUUGACUAUCUUUCUCAUAGUGCCUGCCAGUUAAAAUACAGAGAAUCUCAAUCCUAAUUUGCAAAUUCAUCGAUAGACACUAAAAUUCUCUUAUUUUUGUUCCUAUAUUCUCCAACUCUGUUAACAUUCUCUGGUUAUCUGGUACAUCGUUUUACAAGCUGGUGAAUUUCCAGUUGCUUCCAUGGCCACUCAAAUAGCUUCCUCUUCCUCUUCCUCUUCCUCUUCCUCUUCUUCUUCUUGGAAAUAUGAUGUCUUCCUUAGUUUUUGCGGUUUUGACACCCGCAAGACUUUUACAGACCAUCUUUAUACUGCUUUGAAACAGAAAGGUAUUAUCACCUUUAGGGAUGAUGAGGAACUUGAGCGAGGAAAAUAUAUUUCUGCAGAACUCUUGAAAGCAAUAGAAGAGUCCAAGUAUGCGAUCGUUGUUCUCUCACCAAACUACGCUUCUUCAAGGUGGUGCUUGAUUGAACUAGCAAAGAUUGUUGGAUGCAUGAAGGUGAUCGGGUUGACAGUUUUGCCGGUAUUUUACCAUUUGGAUCCCUCUGAUGUACGGAACCAGAUGGGAACUCUCGUUGAAGCCUUUGCUAAACAUGAAAAAGAUCCUAAGGUCAGCACUGAAGAUGUACAAGCAUGGAAAGGUGCUUUGAAAGAAGUGGGCAAUAUCUCCGGAUGGCAUUUACAUGAUAGGCAUGAAUCAAUAGUUAUCCAAGAAAUUCUUAAAAGCAUAUUUACUGAAUUGAAUUGCAAAUUCUCAAGUACUGAUUCUAAGGACCUUGUUGGAAUAGACUCCCGUGUGAAAGAAAUGUUGGAUCUAUAUUUGAAUGAAGGGUUGAGUAGUGUUCGCUUUGUAGGGAUUUGCGGGAUGGGAGGAAUGGGUAAAACAACUCUCGCAGAAGAAAUUUAUAAAAAAAUUUCUAGUAACUUUGAAACUAGCAUCUUUAUUGCUAAUAUUAGAGAAGAAACUAAAAAUCAAUGUCUAGUUUCUUUACAAAAACAACUUCUUUCUAAAAUCCUUAUGGAAAGCAAGAUAAACAUAUGGGAUGUUCGUGAGGGAGUCAAUCUUUUAGGGAACAGAUUACGUAAUAAGAAGGUUCUUAUUGUUCUUGAUGAUGUGGACAGAGAAGAACAACUAGAAGCAUUAGCAGGGAAACAUGAUUGGUAUGGUCUAGGGAGUAGAAUUAUUGUAACAAGUAGAGAUAGCCAUUUGUUGAGAAGACAUGGAAUGGAUGAUAUAUAUAUAGCUAAAGGGUUGAAUGAUGAUGAAGCUUUGGAGCUUUUUAGUUGUAGAGCUUUCAAGAAACCCCAUCCUGAGGAAAAUUAUGGGGAUUUGUCUAAGGAUUUUGUGAAUUAUGCUAAUGGCCUUCCUUUAGCACUUAAAGUAUUAGGUUCUGCAUUAUUUGGUAGAAGAAUGGAUGCAUGGAAGAGUGCACGAGAUAAACUAAAAGCAGAACUUGAUAGCAACAUUAUGGAUAUACUUCAAAUAAAUUUUGAUGGGCUAAUGGAUACACAAAAAGAACUAUUUUUAGAUAUUGCAUGUUUCUUCAAAGGAGAGGAUGUAUAUUGCAAAAGAGAUAUACUUGAAAGUUUUGGUUACUAUCCAGACUAUAAUAUUGAUGUUCUUAUGGACAAAUGUCUCAUUACCAUUAAUGAAAUGGGAACUUUGUGGAUGCAUGAUUUGCUACAAGAAAUGGGUCAAGAAAUUGUUCGUCGUGAAUCUCCUAGAGAGCCGGGUGGACGUAGUAGGUUGUGGCUAUAUGACGAUAUCCUUCAUGUGUUGAAGAAUAAUACAGGAACAGAGGUAGUUGAAGGCAUAGUUCUAAAAAUACCUAUUCAUAAAGAGGAACAAUUGAAUGCUGAAGCCUUCUCAAAGAUGAAAAAAUUGAGAUUGCUUAAAAUUGGUAAUGUGCAAGCUCCACAAGGCCUCAUUAGAGGUAAUGUGCAACUACUACAAGGCCAAAUUAAAGGUAAUGUGCAACUUCCACAAGGACUCAAUUAUCUCCCUAAUGAGUUACGCAUUAUAGAAUGGCAUGGAUAUCCUUUAAAAUCUAUGCCCAGAAGUUUCGAACCAAACAAACUUGUUGAAUUCAUAAUGCAUUGCAGCAACAUCAAACAACUGUGGAAAGGAACUAUGCAGAAUUUAGACGGGUUAAAACUCAUAGACUUGAGUGACUCUCAAAACUUGAUUGAAACCCCGAACCUUAGUGGAGUCCCAAAUCUUAAGCAACUAAUUCUUCGACAUUGCACAAGAUUGUAUAAGAUUCAUGAAUCUCUUGGAAAUCUUAAAUUGCUUAUUCGAUUGGAUCUGAAUGGUUGCGAACGCCUUGAAAGCUUUCCACACAAGAUCAACUUGGAAUCUCUUGAAAUUUUUGUUCUUUCUGGUUGUUCAAGAUUGAAGAAGUUUCCUGAGAUUGUGGGAAAUAUGUCACGUUUGUCAGAGCUUUAUUUGAACAAGACUGCUAUCAAAGAUCUACCAUUAUUUGUGGAGCAUUUAACUGGGCUUAUUAAAUUGGAUUUAGGAUACUGCAAAAACCUUUCAAGUCUUCCUGAUGCCAUUUGUAGUUUGACGUCUCUAAAAACUCUUAGUUUAUCUGGCUGCUCAAAACUUUACAAAUUACCAGAGAACUUGGGGAAUCUUGAAGGUUUGGAGGAGCUUGAUCUAAGUGAAACUGCUAUAAGAGAGCUACCUUCCUUAAAUUAUCUAAAAGUACUACAUCUACAUGGAUGUAAAGAGUUAUCACCUAAAUCAUCAAAUAAGUUCCUCAGUUUUCCUUUAAUGCACAGAAGAAGAAGUCCAAAUCCCAUGGCUAUGUUAGAGCAUUCUUUAUCUGGCUUAUGGUCUUUGACCGAUCUGGAUCUAAGUUAUUGCAAUCUUCAAGCAAUUCCUUAUAUUGUUGGCUCCAUGUCAUCUUUAGAAAAUUUAAAUCUAAGAGGAAAUAAUUUUGUUUGCCUUCCUAAAAGCAUCAUUGAACUAUCUAAACUGCAAAGGCUUCAUUUGAGUGGUUGCACGAGUCUUCAAUCAUUGCCCAAGCUUCCAUUAAGUAUUAAAGCAAUUGAUGCAACAGAGUGUACCUCAUUGGAAACAUUAUCAUUCAGACCAGAAGAUGAGUUUCAUCCAGAAUUUUGUCUUCUCAAUUGUGACAAAUUGAUUGAGAAUCAAGGCUACAGUGACAUGUUGUUAACAAUGUUAAGACGUUAUGUCAUCAAGAAACACUGUAAGCUAGACGGAGAGUCAUGUGGUUUCCAAAUUCCUGGAAGUGAAAUUCCAAAUUGGUUUAGCCAUCAAAGUGUGGGAGAGUCAAUAAGUGCACAAGUGCCAUCAGAUUUAUGUAAUAAAUUGAUGGGAAUUGCUAUAUGUGUUGUUUUUAUAUUCCAAGAGCAUCAUCCAGUUAACCAACCUAAUUGGAGAUAUUCCAAAAUUACACAUGAGCUUGUGUGUUCUUAGAGCCAACGAAUAUGAAUGUACCAUAUUGAACUUUCCUUUAUUUGAUGAAUUUUGUAAGAUUAAAUCGCAUCACCUUUGGUUGGAAUAUUUUCCCUCUCUAUUUUUCAAUAGGGGCUGGAAACAAGCAUUGAAUCAAGUUGAUGAUAAUGGAUUCAGUCAGAUUGAGAUCUUAUUUGAAACCGAUGGUCUAGGCUUGGAGGUUACAAAAUGUGGUGCCCAUUUGGUAUUUGAGCAGGAUGUUGAAGAUCUCAAACAAAAUAUGGUUAGGCCUAGCAGCUGUAGCAUCACUCCUUAUGACGAUGAUUUAGAAGAUUCAACAAAAAAUACCAAAAUUAAGCGAAGUCAUGAUGACUUUGGUGGGGAUGAGGCUGGACCUAGUGGUGGAGAAGGUACCUCUAACUCUAAUGAUGUAAACAUACCACAACCAAAAAGGAUUCGACACUCUAAUCUAAUUGAAAGAUUCACUCUAAGUUUGGGAAAUUUUUUUGGAAAUUUAAGCACACAAUUACAAGGAAACUCUGAUUGUGAGGAAGAGGAAUCCCCGUGAAAGUGGCAGCUUUGAUGAAUUUGCAGGGUUCUUUUUUCCUGAUUUAUGGUAUUUUGGAUACGAUGAAAUUAUUGGACUUUUUUUGGCAAGGAGAUAUUAUCACAUUGCUAGCAGGCAAGAAGAUGUGUGCAAUUUCUUUUGAAACCGAAGUGAUAGAAGAUAUGUGCAAUUGAUUGUGUGCUCAUCAUUUUUGUUCAAUUUUGUUAGAGGGUCGGCACUUUUGCUGCUCUAUUUAUGGUAUUUGCUAUAAUUUUCCAUAGGAGAUUACAAUAGAUGCAUGCCACUUCAAUGUGUAAUCAAAUGAAAAGAAGAAAAUUUGGGCCCUUUUUCCCAAA